ACCCUCUUCUAUUUAAUUUUCUCUGAAUUUGCAGUAACUCAGUGGGAUAUUAUUAAUGGCUGGUUCAACGAUUUUCUCAAGAUUAUUGUCUUCAACUCGACUACCCGCUCUUACAGUAAAGCGAACCAGCAAAUCAGUCUUACCCACAAUCUCCCCACUCAAAUCGACCUCCUCUUCUCAAGUUUCAUCUUCAAUGAAGCGCAUUUCUGGGAUCUCAAGGUUACCAGUGGAGCUGAGCUGUUUAAUCUCUAUGAUGCCAUUGCACAGCGCGGUAGCUUCGGCUCGCCUAAGAUCAUUUCUCUCCAUCGAAUCUCAGAGCUGGAGUUUGAUCCCACAAGGUCUGUCUUUCUAUUUCUCUCCCAAGCUAUAAUACAGAGAUCAUGUUAAGUUUAAAAGGAACUGGUCUUUAAUGGUUAAAUGGAGUUUUGGUCAAUUCGGUAUGAUACCUAUGGUGAUCUUGUAGAGUCCCACUAAAUCAAAUUCAUGGUCUUUGGUCUGUCUUUUCUGCUAAGCAGGAAAAAUCCCACAUCGAACAAAUAUCAAAGAGAUGUGAGUUAAAUACAUGGCUAUUCCCCUAUUGCCAAUUCCUAAUUGUUUUUAGAUUGGAUACAAGGAUUGUGUUGAAGCCCACAUGCCAAUUUUCACAUCUUCUUUAAUAAUUGUUGUUCUUUAUCAAUACAGUUGGAAGGUUAAUUAGAAAUACUUGUUUGUUCAAUCUUGCUCUUGUGGGAUUCCUUCAACCAAAUGAAGCAUUGGUAGGGAUAAGACUCUUUAGGAGACUGGAUUCUUUUUCCCCUCAUUCAUAAUCAAUAUGAAUCAUUUCCCUCUAUUCAAUGGAAAGUGGAAAUUAUGCUCGCUACGAAGUCUGAUAGGAAGUGAUAAUUGAAGUAAGUCCUUACCUUUAUGACAAUCCUUAGAAUGAAGGUUGUCAACGGCAUGAUAUUCUUUGCAAUGAAGUGUAUUUUUAUCUUGAACUUCAGUCCAGAAGGAGAAGUUUUCUGCUUUUCUCUUAUGAUGCAAUCAAUACUUUAAAGUGCUGGCUUCCAGAAGCCACAAAAUCAUCCAUUGGUAACAAGAAGACAUUAUUACCUUUUUGUUGAGCUACUUUGAAAUUUGAAUCCCAUUGGUUGCUAAAUAACAUUUUGACCGACGGAUUCUUGUAAGUUUUCAUUCUCUUCAUCAUUUAUUACUCAGAAGCAUGGUAUUCAUCAAACAUAUACAGAAUGCACGCACAUGGAUCUGAAU